AUCUGUAACCUGUGUGUCUCAGUGCUGAGCUUCACUGCAGCUCACCCUCCUGCUCCAGGCUGUCUGCCUCUCAUUGUGUGCCCGGCCUGUAUUACCAUACUAGGAACCCGGAACCCGCGCACCUGUGAGCUGACGUCACAGGCUGAAAGUACCUGCAGCAGCUCGCCCGGCUGAACUCCCCUCAGUGAGUGAAACCACCUUCAGAAGACAAGACAAAGAGGACGCCUCGACGACAUUUCGAGAAGGAAUAUAUUUAUCACUUGUUUUCACUAUUUGAUUUCAUUCAAAGGAAUAUUAGAAGAAGAUUUACGACUCAUGGGUGCCGCGGGAUUUGCGGUUUUGGCUGUUUUAAGCGUGGUUUUACAGGCCUCAGCCGAGCUCACCACUGAGGAGCCAACAUGUCUCCCUGGAUUCGAGGCGGAUAUGAUGAUUUUCAAAGUGAACAGAAAGCACUUGUCUCAAGGCAGGAGACUGGGCAGAGUGCCCUUCACCGUCUGUACAGAAGGCACAGGAUACCUGGUCCGCAGCGCUGACACGCGGUUCACGAUGCAGCGAGACGGGACAUUGGUGGUAAAGAGACAAGUCAUCCUCCAUGACGGACAUGUGGACGUCUUGGUGAACUACACAGACUUGCGUGGACGCAAAAUGAGUGUUACCGUCAGGAUAGUGCACCAGGGGCAUCACCACGGCCACCACAAUGGACAUCACAAUGGAGAACACAGCGAGCAACAGGGUGGACCACACCACGAGCCACACCAAGGGCAUCACAGUGGACAUCACAAUGGACAACACCAUGAACAACAGGAUGGACCACACCACGGGCAUCACAAUGGACAACAGCAUGAACAACUCGAUGGACCACACCACGGGCAUCACAAUGGACAACAGCAUGAACAACAGGAUGGACCACACCACGGGCAUCACAAUGGACAACAGCAUGAGCAUCAGCAUCAGCAUCACCAUAAGGACCAUCACGAACAUCAAAAUGGGCAUCAGCACAAGGAGCAUGGGAAUGUUGGGCGUCACCAUGAAGACGACACGCAUCAUGUACAGCUCCAGGAGCUUCCUAAAGUGGACCCGACUAUUAAAACAGAGAGUGGAACCGAUUCGUCAGUCCCUGUUGUGAUUUUCCCUAAGUCACGGAAAGGACUGAGCAGGAGGAAGAGGGACUGGGUUAUUCCUGACAUCAACGUUAGUGAGAACGACAGAGGACCAUAUCCCCUCAAAGUGUCUCAGAUCCGUUCCAAUGAGGAUAAGAUAAAGAAGAUCUUCUACAGCAUCACUGGUCCAGGAGCUGAUGAACACCCUGCAGGCCUUUUCACCAUGGACCGACUCAGCGGUAAUCUGUAUCUCACACAGCCUCUGGACAGAGAGGCUCAAGACCAAUACAAGUUUCAAGCGUAUGCUGUGGCAGACGGUUCAGGAAACGCAGAGGAGCCUAUGGAAAUCAUAGUGAACGUACUCGACCAGAACGACAACAAACCAACUUUUGAACAGACCACCUUCAUUGGAGAAGUUCCCGAGUCCUCACCGAACGGCUAUGAGAUCAUUAAAGUGUUGGGCACAGAUCUUGACCAGCCAAACACAGACAACUCAGAUAUCCGCUACCGUAUUCUAUCGCAGGACCCCGUGCUGCCCAGCGAUAACUUAUUUGUCAUCAACUCCCACACUGGAGCGAUCCGAAUCAACGCUGGUGGUCUGGACAGAGAGAAAUACCCAAAGUACACUCUGAAAGUACAAGUAGCAGACAUGAUGGGAGAAGGCUUGACGGGGGAGGCGAAUGUCAUCCUCACGGUCACCGACAGCAACGACAACGCUCCAAUCUUCACUCAGCCCUCUUAUGCUGCAUCAGUUCCAGAAAAUAAAGUAGGCGUCCAGAUCCUUACCAUGUCGGUAACAGAUGGUGACGAGCCGCAUUCCCCAGCCUGGAACGCCAAGUUCAACAUUGUGGACGGUGACCCUGGAGGACUUUUCUCAAUUAAAACUGGACCUAACAAACAAGAAGGAAUCAUUUCAACCGCCAAGGGUCUCGACUUUGAGAAAAUCUCCAAGCACACUCUGUUGGUCGCCGUAGAAAAUGACGCUCCUUUUGCGACUCCGCUGCCCACUGCCACCGCCACCGUGGUGGUGACGGUGAUCGACGUCAAUGAGCCUCCGGUCUUUGAUCCUAUAGAGAAGACAGUGUCAAAGAAGGAAAAUCUGGCUUUGGAAGCUGACGUGGUUCAAUACACUGCUUCUGACCCGGACACCGCGCGCAAACAGAAAGUCACGUACAAGAUAGUUCAUGACCCUGCAGGCUGGCUGGACGUGAACAAAGACACAGGACUGAUCAAGGUGAAAAGCGAAAUGGACAGAGAAUCCCUCUUCGUGAAGGACAACAAAUAUACAGCACUCGUCGGUGCAAUUGACAACGAUGAAGUCCCAGCCACAGGAACGGGGACUCUAAUGAUUCAGCUUGAAGAUGUCAACGACAAUGCACCGACCAUCGUAGAGCGUUUCAUCAGCGUGUGCAACAAGAACUCGAUUUCUCAGUUUUUGUCAGUGACGGAUAAAGAUGGACCGGGCUUUACUUCUCCGUACAGCGUCUCCUUACAGGGCAUGUCCAAGUCCAACUGGACUGCCAGGAUGAAUGAAACCAAAACGGGCAUCAUCCUGAAUCUAGCCCAGGAGCUUCCCCCAGGAGAGUACACAGUGGUCCUGAGGGUCGCAGACAACGAGGGCGAGGAGCAGGACAGCACCAUCCAGGCCAAAGUGUGCGACUGCUCUGGGGAAGAAGUGACCUGCACAGACCGGAGGGCCGGUGGUGUCGGCCUGCCUCUAAUCCUGGGAAUACUGGCGGGAAUCCUGUUGCUGCUCAUGCUGGUGCUGCUGCUGCUGCUGUUCGCCAGACGCAGAAAGGGUGAGAAGAAGGAGCCACUGCUGCAGGACGACGACGUCAGAGACAACAUCUACUUCUAUGAUGAAGAGGGAGGCGGAGAGGACGAUCAGGACUAUGAUCUGGGUGUUCUUCACCGCGGUCUGGACAACCGGCCUGAGGUCUUCAGGAACGAUGUGAUGCCAAUCUCCAUGGCAGGUCCUCGUUUCCGACCACGCCCUACCGACCCAGAGGAAAUCGGCAACUUCAUUGAUGAUAACCUGAAGGCAGCUGACAACGACCCAACAGCGCCCCCCUACGACUCCCUGCUGGUGUUUGACUACGAGGGCGGCGGCUCUGACGCGGGAAGCCUGUCCUCUCUGAACUCGUCGAGCAGCGGAGACCAGGACUACGACUGCUUCAGCGAGUGGGGGCCACGCUUCAAGAAACUGGCCGACAUGUACGGAGGAGGGGAAGACGACGAUAUGCUGUAAAUGCUCAGACAGGUGGACGCACAUACGGCUGUGUGAAUGUUAGAUUGAUGUAGGUAUGAACUGAACACUGGAUCAACCCAGGGAAACAACUCACCCAGACAUCAGUAGGCCUACACUUUUUGUUUUGUUUUUCUGUGCGAGGUUCGUCUCAGUUCAGUUAGCAGCUACCUGCUCAGACGCCAAAGGAUGUCUUUGUUUUUUAUAAGAGUUCUCCAUCCUGAAUGGUAAAGCUCUGUCUGUCUGUCCUUUAACCCCUGUUUGACUUCUCCGCUAAAGACGAUACUUGUGUUUCACUUCUGUUCGAGGAGUUCAGGAGCCGGAGCGUCUGCCCCUGUCUCAGCGUUGGUUCAGAGGGUCGGGGGCAGAUAUUUCAGUCUUUCUGGGUGACACAGGACGAGCAAACAGACGCUUGCAGUUGCACUGGUAUUGCUUUACUUUUGGCGAUGUAUGGUACUUUACAUUUUGUCUCUUCUUUUUGUGGAGUUUGUACUACUGAUUCAGUUCAAUGUCAUGUCUUGUUUCCUGUUUUGAUGAAUGAAAUUCCGGAUGAUUAAGAUGAAAAUCCAGGUAGCCAGCCUACGCCACGUCAGCCUGAGAGGCCGUGGUGGAUGAGUUAUCAAGAAAUGCUUUUUUAAAAUGUUUCUGUUCGCAUCUUUAUCACGUUGUAAAGUCCAAACACUUAUCUGCUGUUGCCUCUUACGGUACUCCAUGCUUCAUGUUCAUUUUGCAUUUUUUAUAAAGUUAUCUUAAUACAAUAACCGA